GGCGCCCCCUGCGGCCGGGCGGCGGGGCGAGGAAGCAGCGCCCGCUGCGGCCCCAUGCUGCUGCCCCUGGCCUGUCUGCACGGUCGGGUGACACAGUGUCUCACCGCGCUCCUAGUGCUGGCGGAGCCGCCCCCGAGGCCCGGGCGCGGCGGGAGGGCGCACGGCGCACCGCCCCCGCGCGCGGAGGCCGCCCUGCCCGUGAAGAUGGCCGCGGAGCUGUACGCGCCCGCCAGCGCCGCGGCCGCCACCGCCACGGACAUCGCCAACAGCAACGCCGCCGCCGCGGGCAGGAAGGGCCUGCCCAGCGCUCCACCGCCGGCUGCGCCCCCGCCUGCACCCUCGCCGCCCGCGCCUGACAACAACAACUUGGAGAGCCCCAACUGGCAGUCCUUCCACCCGACGCUGCGCGAGAGGAACGCGCUGAUGUUCAACAACGAGCUCAUGGCCGACGUCCACUUCAUUGUGGGGCCCCCGGGCGGCGCCCGCAGAGUGCCUGCCCACAAGUACGUGCUGGCCGUCGGCAGCUCCGUCUUCUACGCCAUGUUCUACGGGGACCUGGCAGAGGUGAAGUCGGAGAUCCACAUUCCCGACGUCGAGCCUGCGGCUUUCCUGAUCAUGUUGAAGUACAUGUACAGUGAUGAGAUUGAUCUGGAAGCAGACACAGUGCUGGCCACUCUCUACGCUGCCAAGAAGUACAUUGUCCCCGCGUUAGCAAAAGCCUGUGUCCACUUUCUGGAGACAAGCCUAGAAGCCAAGAAUGCCUGUGUCCUGCUGUCUCAGAGCCGGCUGUUUGAGGAGCCCGAGCUGACCCAGCGCUGCUGGGAGGUCAUCGACGCGCAGGCUGAGAUGGCCCUGAGGUCUGAGGGCUUCUGUGAGAUAGACUGGCAGACCCUGGAGAUCAUUGUUGCUCGGGAGGCCCUCAACACCAAGGAGGCGGUGGUCUUCGAGGCCGUGCUGAACUGGGCCGAGGCAGAGUGCAAGAGGCAGGGCCUGCCGGUCACCCCACGCAACAAGAGGCAUGUUUUGGGGCCAGUCCUCUACCUGGUCCGAAUUCCAACCAUGACACUGGAGGAGUUUGCCAAUGGCGCUGCCCAGUCGGACAUCUUGACCCUGGAGGAGACCCACAACAUCUUCCUGUGGUACACGGCGGCCAACAAGCCCCUGCUGGAUUUCCCACUGACCAAGAGGAAGGGCCUGGCCCCGCAGCGGUGCCACCGCUUCCAGUCCUCCGCCUACCGCAGCAACCAGUGGCGCUACCGCGGGCGCUGCGACAGCAUCCAGUUUGCGGCAGACAGGAGGGUGUUUGUUGCGGGGCUGGGCCUGUACGGGUCCAGCUCCGGGAAAGCCGAGUACAGUGUGAAGAUCGAGCUCAAGCGGCUGGGGGUGGUCCUGGCCCAGAACCUGACCAGGUUUGUCUCCGACGGCUCCAGCAGCACCUUCUCGGUCUGGUUCGAGCACCCGGUGCAGGUGGAACAGGACACCUUCUACACGGCCAGCGCCGUGCUGGACGGCAGCGAGCUCAGCUACUUUGGGCAGGAGGGCAUGACGGAGGUGCAGUGCGGGAAGGUGACCUUCCAGUUCCAGUGCUCUUCGGACAGCACCAACGGCACCGGGGUCCAGGGCGGGCAGAUCCCCGAGCUCAUCUUCUACGCCUGAGGCGCCGCAGGUGGGCGGGCCGCGGGGUGCGGGGAGGGCGGUAGCGCUCUUUCUCCGCGGCAGCUGACAGGCUUCGUGAACUUGGCAAAUCUUUUGUACAUGGUUGGCUGUAGCCAAAUGUAUGAAAUGGGCGUUUUCUACACAGCUGGAGCCUGUUUCCAAACACUGGUGAUCGGGCCUCACAGCGGUUCCUACUUUGCACGUCGCGGUGCGUGUGGCAGGCGGAGGGCGGGUCCGGGGCAGGGGGCAGCCCAGCAGUCCCUCCCGCGCUCUCGGGUUUUAUUUUAAGUGGUUCUAAGCCUGAGACCUUCCCUUCAAACCCAAAACCUGGGAAGAGUCAUUUCCAAUAGCUUAUCUUGAGUUUAAAUAAAGCGAGAGCCACACACAAAGGAGUAAUGUUCGCGUUCUCGCCAGCCCACCAGCAGAGGAAACCUGCAGUGCUGAACGCCGCUGGGUUAGAAGCCAACUGCAGCCCAGGGAAGCCUGCAGCCAGGCUGCGCCUCCCCCAUCUGGGCAGACCUGCCUCCCCAGGCUGCAGCCAGAAUGCUCUGCAAGAGGCCAGGAGUCUUGCACUUGCUCAAUAAGCAUCACAAGCUGCUCAGACAAAGCCUCAC